GUUGUGGGGCGGAGGGCGGCGUAAGAUGGCGGCGCUGCAGGAAGGGGGACGGUACGGGGUGUCUUGCGGCAGAAUCUCCCAGGACAACAUCACGGUGCUGCACGUCAAGCUGACCGAGACGGCCUUCCGAGCGCUGGAAAAUUACCAGGGCAGUAAGAAACUGAUUCCUUCUCGACCUUCCAUUCAAUUUCAAGGACUCCAAGGGCUUGUUAAGAUUCCUAAAGCUGAUCUCCCAAAUGAAGUACAUACUUUUAAUUUCUAUUUGUCAAAUGUUGGUAAAGACAAUCCUCAGGGAAGCUUUGACUGCGUCCAGCAAACUGUUUCACGUACUGGAUCCUCGCAGCUCAGUUGUCUGGGAUUUAUACAGGACAAAAUUACAGUGUGUGCAACAAAUGAUUCUUAUCAAAUGACCAGAGAACGUAUGACCCAGGCAGAAGAGGAGUCUCGCAAUCGAAGUACAAAGGUCAUAAAACCUGGCGGACCAUAUGUAGGUAAACGAGUACAAAUUCGGAAAGCACCACAAAGUAUUCCAGAUGCAGUGCCUGAGAGGAAAAGAUCAACUCCCAUCAAUCCUGCAAGUACAAUACGCAAGACCCACUUAAACAACAGUAUUUCUCAACGGCCAUAUAGGGAUAGAGUGAUUCACUUACUGGCGCUGAAACCCUACAAGAAACCAGAACUUCUUGCUCGGUUAUUAAAAGAUGGUGUUAGUCAGAAAGACAAGAAUUCCCUUGCAGCUAUUCUUCAGCAGGUAGCCAAUUUGAAUCCAAAAGACAAUUCUUAUACAUUGAAAGAAUAUGUUUAUAAAGAAGUUCAUAAAGACUGGCCUGGAUACAAUGGGAUAGACAGGCAGUCACUGGAAUUAAUACUUUCUAGAAAACUACAUUCAUCUCAGAAUGCCACCAGCAACAGUCACUUGGAAUCUCCUCUGAGUACUAUUAAAGAUGGUGCAUCUUCAUCUCCUCAGAAACGGCUUUUGGAUUCUGACUUCAUUGAUCCUUUAAUGAAUAAAAAGCCAAGGAUAUCUCAUCUUACAAAUAGAGUUCAACCAACGUUAAAUGAUCACUUGACUAAUUCUGGUGAAAAAAAUGGUGAAGCUUCACCACCUCCUCCUCCUCCUCCUGCCGCUGCUGCAACACCAGCUGCUCCCCCACUUCCUCCAACUUGCCUUUCUGUUUCAAAUCCUCCUCGGACUGUAAAUUCUAACUCCAAUUCCCCUAGCACUCCUGAAGGCCGGGGAACUCAAGACCUGCCUGUUGACACUUUGAGUCAGAAUGGCAGCAUUUAUGAGGACCAGCAUCAAAAAUGCACUACUAGGACUCCACUGGAAAUCCCAGCACCCACUGAAGAUCUGUCUGUGUGCCCAAAAUCUACAGAUGAGAAACGUUCAGUGUUGCACAAAAAAUCCAAGAAGAAGUCAAAGAAGCAUAAGGAAAAGGACCAAAUUAAAGAACAUAACAUUGAGAAUGUUAGAGAGAAGGCGAAAGACUGUGAAAACAAAGAGAUUGCCAAGUUGAAGAACUCCAGUCUGAAUUUUAGUGAAGGUGUUAAAAAGACUUGUGCUGCUUCAACAGAUCCUUUGUCAACAAGUGAGCUACCAGACUACUUUGUAAAAUAUAUAGCAAUUGUCUCAUAUGAACAAAGGCAAAGUUACAAGGAUGAUUUCAAUGCAGAGUAUGAUGAAUACCGAACAUUGCAUGCAAGGAUGGACAACGUUACUAGGAGGUUUAUGAAGCUAGAUGCACAGCGUAAGCUGCUUUCUCCAGGAUCUAAAGAGUAUCAGAUACUGCAUGAGGAAGUCUUAAAAGAAUAUCGGAAGAUCAAACAGUCUAGCCCCAACUACCAUGAAGAAAAGUACAGAUGUGAAUAUCUUCAUAACAAGCUGGCGCACAUUAAAAGACUUAUAGGUGAAUUUGACCAACGGCAAGCAGAGUCAUGGCACUAGAUCUCUGGACCAGAAGAUGUGAAUAAACUAAAGAUUAUUUAUUUAAAAUUCCAUACAACUUGCUCCAAGGUUAAAAAAUCUGAAAUUGCUCUAAUGCAGAAGCUUCAGCAUUUGCAGACUGCGUUGCUGUUUUUGUUGAUGAGGAGGAUAUUGCUUUCCUACGUAGCUGAAGCUGCUUUUUUCUGGUCCCCUUUUCCUUAACACUUACAUGUUUAUCAGUGGAAAUCAUUUUACCAGUGGGUAUUGGGGGAUCCAGUCUCUCUAGUUCUGAGGUUGUGCACAUUUUUUAAAAGAGAACUUGUAGCAAAAGGAGAAGCUUUUUUGGAUGCCUAUAAGCCUGUUUUCUGACUUUCUUUUAAUGCAAAACUAUUUGCCUUAAAUGGUAGAAAGUGUAAAACUUUGCACAAAACUUUAAAAAAAAGUAAAAACAUUGUUUUGGGAGGGUUAAGAGGUGUGUAUAUGUAACAUAUACAACCUGUCUGUCAACAACAGUAACUUGUGAUUUCAACCCCCAUUGCAAUGGUUGCCUUAUGGUGUUUGCUUAUGCAUCUUGAUUGUACUUAAUUCAUUGCUCCAUAAAGUCACUGCUUCCCACUUCAUCAAAGCAAUGGGAGCAUUACAUGGCCUAUUAGUGUCUCAAGUGUGUGUGUAUGCGUGCAUGAGAGCGAGAGUGUUGUGUGCAUGUGAGCAUAUACAAGUUGGAGGAAAUCUGCUUUACAGGCCAAAUGUUCAGGUUAAAACAGCUGACAAGUUUUAGUGCAGGUUUUUUUCCUAUAAAGAUAAAUAUUUCCAUUUCAACUAUUUGUCAGCUUUGUUGGGGGGGAUUGAUACAUUACAAAAGUUAAUUCUAUAGUUUUUGGGCAAAAUUAUAAAAUGAAACAUGUAGGCGACCUAUUUAUAUUACUGCUAUAAAAGUAUUUUUUGAAGAAAAAAUAUGCAAAGAAGCUAUUGCCUACAUGAAAUGUAUAUUUAAAGAUUUUUUUCCUGGGUGCCAGGAGUAUAACAAAGAUGUAUUUAACUAUAAAAUACUGUGAUCAUCAAACAGCACAAACUUUCAUUUCAUGCAGUUAAUUGGUUUAAUUUAAACCAUCACUUUAUCAUGUGGGAACAUAAGUUAUUGGUCACAAAAUUGAGUUUUUGAAUUAUACUUGUCUUUUCUUUUUGUCUUAAUAUAUUUUUCAAAGUGCUGCCAAUUGAAAAGGGAAGCAUUAUGUUUACAAGUCUGAUUUUUUGGAAUGUUUGCCAAAAUUUUGGUAGUAUCUUUAAUAAACUUGGUCUCCAGCAUCAA